AUGCAUCAUAGGCUGCUUAAUCUAGUGGCCUUCUCGGCCUUAUUUUCACUUCUCGAGGCACACGUUGUGCUCGAGAACCCAAAGCCCUUUCGCUUCGUGCAAUAUGGUCCGACCAACCCCAUAUCAUCAACUGGUGAAGAUUUUCCUUGCAAGAUACCAGCUGGUGGCAAGUUAGAACCCGAGGGCCCACCAACGGUUAUAGCUAUUGGGGAGGAGCAAAGCGUCUCAUUCUCAGGACAGGCGGUCCAUGGUGGAGGUUCCUGUCAGUUUAGUUUGUCCGGUCCGGUCAAUAAUGGUGCAUGGGAUGCAUACCCCCUUAAGACUGCGGAAUGGAAAGUCAUUCACUCGAUUGAAGGUGGGUGCCCCGCGCGGAAUCAAAGAGGUAAUUUAGACGGCCCAAAUCAUGAUCAAUACUCUGUCAAGAUACCGGAAGGUAUUGAACCGGGUGACUAUAUUUUUGCAUGGACGUGGCUUGCUCGAAUUGGAGGACAGCCUGAAUAUUACAUGAAUUGUGCGCCUAUUACUGUCACUCCGGCCAAGACGAAACGCAUGGACAGUUUAGCUCGUCGGGCGUCGCUUGCUAAGAGAGUGGCCUUUCCAGAGCUAUUCAUGGCUAACAUGGGUGACGUUUCGGGAGGGUGUACAACUGAAGAAGCCUUGCAACAACAGAUACCAAUCGCGUUCCCGAACCCUGGUCCUUCUGUUGACUAUCCAGAGGGUUCCGAGAACUUGUUCAGACAGCAGUGCGAUGGAAACCCGCGAGCUAGACAAGGCAGCGUUUCUGGAACUCCAGGUUCAAGCACAUCUUUUCAACUUGCUCCGACCUUUAUACCGGAACCCGGGCUAUCAAGAACCGUGUCCUCUUCUCCUAUCUUGACAAUUUCGACGCUACUUGUCUCACCAUCAUUGUCCACAGGACAGGCAUCGGCUAGUACGCCAACACCGACUUCUACGGGGGACCCAGUAACAUGUAUAGAAGGUCAUCUAACUUGCCUUGAUGAUAGUUUGCACUUCGCUACUUGCACUGGGGGUCGGUUGACUCUUCCACAGCCUCUUGCACCGGGGUUUAAAUGUAAGGUCGGCUCUGGAGUUGGCCUUGACAUUUCACCAGUGUAA